AUGGCAACAAGAAGAAGCGCCGCCGCGACCAGCGACGAGACGGCGAUGACAACAACUCCAUCAUCACCAAAGCAAGUGGAGCGACCUCCGCCAUCAUUUCGCGAUAUGGUCCCCCACAAGGCAAAAUACCCUCUCGCGAUCGCGACAAGCUUUGCGAUGGCGUCGUUGGGAUACAGCUUACUGAGUGAGCUCACCAACGCCGAGCUCGCUGGCCUCAGCAGAACACAAGACACAUGGGAAGAGGUUGCUCUUCUAGCCGGGUGGAGAAUUGUUGAGUUGACAAUAGGAUGGUAUGCACAAUUGGACGGCCUCGACGUGGCGAUGCUGGAUCUGCUAUCUCACGGCCCUCACUUCUACCUACUCACAACUUUCUACGGCCUCAACUGGACCACGGCAGCCUCAGCACUCGCUAUUGAUAUCUUCUCAGUCGCCGUGCCCUUUUACCUACUUCGUCCGCUCUCUCCCACCCACACAUCGUCAGCUGCCGCCGCUGCUGGUUUGCCUAACCGCGAGCUCCUCGACCUUCCGCUUCAGUCGUACACGGCCGCUAUGUCGACAGGUAUCUACACUGUUGUCCUUGUUCUGGCGCUACGUUUCGUCCUGCCUCGCAUUCUAGUCGUCAACUACUCAGGAGUAGGCACCCUCGAGCCUGCAUACAAUGCUUCAUACGCUGCCAUUCUCCCGGUGACAACCCUUUUCGGUAUCGCCGCCAGCACUUUUAUCUUUGCGCCUUUCGCGACCACGGCACGUGCUAAGGAGGAUGACAAGAUCAACGAGUUUGAUCCUGUGGCUGCAUCUCUCGGAGAGACCGUCCAGUGGAACGUGUGGGGUUACACUGUCAAGACCAAGGUGGUUAUUCGUCGAACAGUUUUGGUUGCUUUUGUUGCUGCGGUCAACACUUUCCUUGCCUCUUACAAGACCAUGUAUCGAGUCGAUGCCAUUGGAGCCGCUGCAUAUGCGGGCGUCUGGACAUUCGCCGCCGUCUGCAGUGGCAUUGGCCUGGGUUUUGUGGGCGGAGAUUAA